AUGGAAGAAACAAUCAGAAGACCAAAUGCAAAUUCUUACGACGGUAGUUUUCGUCAACAAAUCAAUUCUUUUUCCGACUUUGGAAAAUUUGAUCGAACAUUAUACCCAAGGGAACUUAAACGGUUUCAGACAUUUUCUGAAAAACAUUCAACCGAACGAGUUCGAAAUUUCACCAAAACAAAACGGGGGAUCAAGAAUCGUGGAGACUUUCUUCGAAACUCUUCAUCAAGUUCUAUGUCAAAUAUGGAUACUGAAGGAAAAGAAAGAAGGAUGUCUGCAAUAUCUACAUUGUCGUACACAAGCGAGGAUUGCUUCGAAGAAAAUUCAGCUGAACGGCAACGGUUCAAAAUUGUAUUGUUUGGCAUCCCAGGAGUAGGGAAAUCUUUUUUCCUGAAACAAAUAAGAACCUCCGAGUUCCUGGGAACAUGUCCUGAUGGUCCAGAUUCGUCUUGUAUCACGGUUCCUGUGGUGCUAGACGGUCAAGAAUCCAUCCUUGAUUUUGUUGAAGCCGAUAUGUACAUUCAGAAUCAUGGAUGGAAUCACCCUUACGACGCCUUUGUAAUGAUGUUCUCUGUCACAGAUAAAAGAUCGUUUCAUUAUAUCGCAAACAGAGUAGAGCAGAUUAGGAAAGAGGUUGGCGACACCAAGCCCAUCUACAUUGUUGCCAACAAAACUGAUCUCAUAAGAUUUCGGGAAGUUUCUUCUCAAGUCGGAUUGGAGUUGGCAAAGAACAACAACUGUUAUUACGGUGAAGUGUCGGUGCCUUUGCAAUUGAAUGUGGAUAAGGUACUGGUGGAUAUUACGGAUCAGCUGCAGAGUGGUUAUAAGACAAACAGUAUGAAAACUUUGCAGAAACCUCCUAUUAAAUACGAUCAGUCGGGGAAACAGGAAGAAGAGAAUUUGCGUAAAAAAUCGAGGUUUUCACUAUUUACUAGAUUACGAAAAUUCUUCUUAAAAAAGAAAUUGAAAUUGUUUCCCGAGUCAUGAUAUCAUUUGUAUUGCGUAUGCUCAUGUUAAAUCACAAUUUUGAAUCGAAUCAUCCUAUUGUACUUGCUUAACUUGCUUGCAUUAUUUAUUUUUAUAUAUUCAUGGAAAUAAAGCAUGCUUUCAUUUAUAAAAUGGUGUGUUUUGCGAAGAUGUUUGCUUGUAUGACAUAAUAAAAUUUUUACCGUGUUUAAUUAAAUUAUUUCACAGAGACAUGAUUUGGAUUCUUUACUUUUUAUUUUAGUUUUUUGAAACGACAACUUCUAUUACCGUGGAUUUUCAUGCGUUCGUUACAAAAGCGCAUUUAUAGUAAAUCAAAAUGUGUUAGGUAAAAAUGUGUACUUUUUAAAGAUAUUAGUUGAUGAAACAGUGCUCAAAGAAACUGGGAGGAGGAAUCUUGUAACAAAUUCGCAGUGACCGGAAAGUAACCUGAGAAAACACUAUUUUCUUUCAAUAACACAUUGUUAAUUGACUAUUAAACAUAGCUGACAUUAAAUGUUGUUUGUAGACUUGUUUGUAGACUUAAUGCAGUGACUUAUUGGC